UGUGCGAACUUGUCCUGCGUGGCUUCAGGUGUCGCGUCCCCGUCGGUCUCACCGGUCCAGGUCGGAGGGUCGCCCCGAGGACGCUUCGCAGAACCCGAAAGGAGGCACAGAUGGUUCUUGCCCUCAAGUUAAAACCAGUAGAUCAAGUGCUCAUUGGGAUAUUUUGGAGACUGGACUAUGCAGUGAAGAGAAAAUAGUAAGAUUCACAAGAAAUGAUUCCUGCUCUUUUUUGGGAGAAAACUGGGCAUUUCAUAACAUGAGAGAUCAGCGUGUAACCCAGGAGAGGCAUUUGAGAAAUCAUUUGGUGGAGAGCCUCUGUGAAGGUAAAGAAGGCCAUCAAUGUCUAGAAACCCGGAACCAGCUUACACACCUUACUGUGCAUAAGGGUUAUCUGACUGCAAUUCAGCCCUGUAAAUGCACUAAGUGUGGAAAAGCCUUCAGGGAUUGUUCUUUCCAGAGGAAUCAGCAAAGAUCUCACACCAGACACAAACCUCAUCCAUGUGAAGAAUGUGGGCAAACCUGCACCUGUGUCUCAUGCCUAAAUCCUCCUGGUGGAACAGACAUUGUAGAGAAAACUGACAAACUUCAGGAUGAUGGGAGAGCAUCUAAGAGAUAUGUGAAAAGUUACAGUAGCAAACAGUCUUUACAGUGUAAGAAAUCUAAAAAAUCAUUCACUUGCCUGUCAUCUGUCCAGCGACAUGUGAGAGGUCAUUAUGGACAGAAAAUCCACGUUUGUGAAGUAUGUGGGAAAUCCUUCAGUUAUUAUUGCCAACUUGCACGGCAUGUGAGAACUCACACUGGAGAGAAACCCUAUGAAUGUAAAGAAUGUGGAAAGGCUUUCACUCGCAUCUCACACUUCCGAGAACAUGUGAGAAUGCACACUGGAGAGAAACCCUAUGAAUGUAAGCAGUGUGGCAAAGCUUUCAGUUGGUGCACUUACCUUCGAGAACACAUGAGAACACACAGUGGAGAAAAACCCUAUGAAUGUAAGCAGUGUGGCAAAGCCUUCCCCUAUCUCAAAUCCCUGCAAGGACAUGUGAGGAUCCACACUGGACAGAAACCUUAUGUGUGUAAGGAAUGUGGGAAAUCCUACAGUUGUCCCAAAUACUUUAGAAAACAUGUGAAAAUACACAAUGGAAUAAAACCCUAUGAAUGUACAGAAUGUGGGAAAACGUUUAUUACUUCCUCAUCCCUUCGACAACAUAUAAAACACAGUGAAGAGAAACCCUAUCAGUGUCAGCAGUGUGGGAAAGCCUUCAGGUAUCUGAUAUCCCUACAAAGACACAUGAAGACACACACUGGUGAAAAUUCUGAAUACAAAACUGUGGAGAAGCCUUCCUUCUCCCUUAAAACCUCAUUGUAAAUGGAAGCAAUCACAUGGAGUGAAAUCUUAUGAAUGGAAAGAAUGUGGAAAAACCUUCAGCACUUCACUUAUUUUGUAAAUGAAAACUCAGGGCACAACAGAAAUCUUUUGUUAUAAACAUGGUUUUUCCUUUGUAAGUGCCUCAUCCUGAAUAGGGAUCCCAGUGUAUUAAUUUCUAGUUCGUGUUGCUGAUCUGAACACUUAAGAUAAUUAAUUAUCCCUCCAUGUCCCCUUCAUCUGUAUCUCAUAUAAAACUUGUCUCGUUUCCAUUACACUGUCUUUUGAACCCAGGGAUGUUAAGCGGUUUUUGGUUUUGGGGGUUUUUUCAGGUGCAACUUGGUAUAAUUUUAGAUGAAAAAAGUUUUGAUUCUUACAUCCCAUUGUUUUCCUCAUAUGUGAUCAUGAGACCUGUAUUGUUGAAAUGUCUUUCCUGGUCUACUGUUACAGAUACUGGAAUUUUCCGACUCAGUGUUUACCCUCCCCUGGAGUAUUAAACUGAAAUGUAUGUCUUUUCCAUG